AUGUCUUGCUUCUACCUCCCUAAGAGGCUUAAGCAGCUACCUUCUUCCACAAAGAAGGCUUGGAAUUCCUUCACAUCCUCUGUCUCCCCUAAACUCGGCAACCUCCGCAGCAGCAGCCUCCCUAAAACCCUCACGAGAACCGCCACUCGUCUUUUCAAUCUCCAUCACAACAACAAGCGCAGUCGCUCUAUUCCAAGGCGGCCGCACUCCUCCUCAGCUGGUAUAGCACGUGACUUUUAUUACUACAGAGAGUACAACUACUACCAACACCUUCAACCCUACGCUUCAGGGCCUAAUAGCCCUGCAACCGUCUAUAUCGAUAGGCUUUUUGGGGAGUCGUCGUCGUCCAUGUCUUCAUCAUCGAUGUCGAAACAAGAAGUGAAUAAAAAUGAUGUUACAAGAGAUACAACUAUGGAUGAAGCAUCAGCAAGUGGUGGUAGCAAGACACGAGACGAUAGCCGAGGUGGCGGCGUUGAGUAUAUUUCGUCAAUGCCUAAUAUUAGGGGAGUUGAUGAAAGGGCUGAAGAGUUUAUAUCAAAGUUUCGUCAAGAUAUGCAAAUUCAAAGAGAACAGUCUAUUAUUGAGUUCCAGGAGAUGUUAGCUCGCAGUGCAUAA